CCUAUGGAUCAAUUUGUUAGUAGUGAGCAACGUCAAUCCACAUUGAAUUCAAGGUGGAAGAAGGAAGAAAGAAAAGAAGUAUGUAGGGUGAUUGGAAGAUUUUUUUUUGGGAAUGCUUUGUCAUUCAACCUAUGUAAUAGCCCAUACUUUUCAGCAAUGUGUGAGGCUAUUGGCAAGUUUGGACCGGGAUUGAAGCCACCAUCCAUGCAUGAGAUGAGAACAUGGAUACUAAAAGAGGAGGUUGCUAAUACUGAUAGUUUAAUGAAAGCAUACAAAGCUUCCUGGAAAACUUAUGGAUGUUCAAUUAUGUCUGAUGGUUGGACGGAUGGAAAGAAUAGAAGCAUCAUUAAUUUUUUGAUCAAUUCUCCGAUCGGAACAAUGUUUUACAAGUCUAUUGAUGCUUCAGAUUCAAUAAAAGAUGGGAAUUUGUUAUUCGAAUAUCUUGAUGAAAUUGUGGAAGAAAUUGGGGAAGAAAAUGUGGUCCAGGUUAUCACGGAUAACCAUUCAAGCUAUGUGAGUGCUGGGAAGAAGUUGAUGGAUAAGAGGAAAAGGAUAUAUUGGACUCCGUGUGCUGCACAUUGCAUAGAUUUGAUGUUGGAGGAUAUUGGAAAAAUGAAAAUAUAUUCUGAAACGCUUGAAAAGGCAAGGACAGUGACGAAGUUUAUUUAUGGACAUGGAAUUGUAUUGAGCAUGAUGAGAAGCUUCACGAAUAACCAUGAGCUUCUACGGCCGGCAGUAACACGCUUUGCAACAUCAUACCUCACCCUUAGAAGUAUUUACAAGCAAAAGAAUGGUCUUAUAGCCAUGUUUGCAUCGGAACAAUGGUGCUCAUGUUCAUGGGCUAAAAAACCUGAAGGAAUAAAGGUACGGGCUAUUAUAAUGUUUGAUCCGAAGUUUUGGCCUCAUGUUGCCUUAUGUGUUAAGAGCACCAUGCCAUUGGUAAGCGUUUUAAGAGAAGUAGAUUCGGAAGAGAGGCCAGCAAUGGGGUUCAUUUAUGAAUUGAUGGACUCAGCGAAGGAGAAAUUGCAUUUAAUUGCAAUGAUGUAAAAAAGAGAUAUGUUCCAAUUUGGAACAAAAUAGAUGAUAGAUGGACUCCUCAGCUUCAUCGUCCUCUACAUGCAGCCGGGUACUAUCUGAAUCCUCAAAUACGGUACUCAGAUAAGUUCUCUACACACCCUGAGAUAAAAAGGGGGUUGUUUGAGUGCAUGGAUAGGAUGAUCCCCCGUGAAGAGCAUGCUGAUGCUGAUAUUCAGUUGGAUGAAUAUGACAAGAGAAGAGGGGAUUUUGGCUCUCGCCUUGCACUCGAAACCAUGACAAAGCGUUCCCCAGCUGAUUGGUGGGAACGCUUUGGAGAUAGAACUCCACAGCUUACGAAGUUUGCAGUACGAGUUUUAAGCCUCACAUGCAGUGCUUCUGGCUGUGAGAGAAAUUGGAGUACUUUUGAGCAGGUGACAUUUGUACCAUUCAAUAUUCUAAAUUGGCUAAUUUUUAUUUAUUAGAUUAGCAAGUCUUUGAUAAUUGACUGACAUAGAUCAUCACAUGAUCAGAUCCACACAAAGUAGAGAAAUCGGCUAGAGCAACAAAAACUCAACUCUCUAGUGUAUGUGAUGUAUAAUAUGAAAUUGAGAGAAAGAAGCAUGAAGAGAAGGGCGGCAAUGGAUCCAAUAUUGGUGGACCACAUUGAAUCAGAUGAUGAAUGGAUUGCUGAGAAAGAAGGCCCUGUUCUCCC